AUGUCUAUAUGCUCAGGGUGUGGAACCGAGACAGAUGCCACCAUUUGCUGCCCCAUCUGCUUACAAAACAACAAGAAAAUAUUUUACUGCACCCAAGAAUGCUUUGAAAAAAAUUACAGAGAACACAAAAAAAUUCAUUACUUUAUAAAAAUGACAAGCAGUGAACAAAUGCAGAAUAGGAUGCUUGAACAGGAGGAAAGGAGUAAAAAAGGAAAUUUACCUGUGAUAAUAUUAGCAGAUGAAAAUGGAGGUGUGAAUGUUGGAGAAAUAGUAGAGAGACCUACAUUCUCAAGUGAUGACAUAUCACUGAAUAAUGGGGGGAAUACAAAUGGAAAUGCAGGUUAUGAUAAUUAUAAUUAUGAAAUUAGUGACACCCAGAUGGAUAGCAAGGAAUACAAGAAAAAUGGAAAAAAUAGUAAAUUUGAGAAUUUUUACAGAAAAAAAAAUAACAAUAAAUAUAAAAGCAUUAGCAAGAAUGAACAUUUAUUUGAUGAAAAGAGUGAACAAAAUGAAAAUAAUAAUGAAUCGUAUAAGGGAAAUUAUAAAAGGAGCAAAAUAUCUACAUAUAUGAACAAGUUGUCUGGAUAUUUAUUUUGGAAUAAGUACCAUAUGAUUUUGCCUUAUUAUAACGAUAUAUCAGUUAAUCUAGAUAAGAUUAAUUCGAAAAAUAUAAAAGGGAAACAUAAACUUAGUGAUAAAAAAAUAUUAGAAAUAAAAAAGCAAUUAAAAAUGAAAAAAUUUGUUCAACUCACCAUUUUGUUGGUAGUCAUUUCAGUUAUUGUCAUUUUGGCUACCUGCAUAUUUUCUUACAUAUUAGAAACAUCACAAAAAAAUAUCCAAAUAAAUUCAGAAAAUUUAUUAAAUAAACAUAAUACUGCUAAAAAUUUAGAUAUGUUAGAAAUGAAAUCCUACAUAAAUGUGAUAGAAGAUUUACGAAAAGAAAUAUAUGAAAUGAAGGAAGUGUUAUAUAUGCAUAAUGUAUUUUUAAACAAAAAUUUUAACCUGAACACUUCUUACACCCUUUUUAACAAUUUUAGUAAAAAGAAACCAAGCGCUUCUACAGCACAUGGGAAAAAGACUGCUGACAAAUUGGGAAGUCUAACAUCUCAUCUGUUUUAUGAUAACCAACCCUCCUCCUCGGAUGGCGUUUAUAAUAAUGGAAAUGUUGAAGAAGACAGGAAAAAUGAUUCAUUAGAUGUUAAUUCCAUUUUGCUUACACAACAUCGUUAUGACAUCAAUGAUAUUCAUGAAAUAAAUAAUACUAUUGAAGGGGGAAUUACUAACGAGCAAGGAAAUAAAAAAACAUAUGAACUGUUUAGCAAAGAUGAGGAACAGACACACCAACCUCAAAUGAGAGACGUAACUGAAACGUUUAGAUCUAACGAGGUGGAAUAUACAGAGAAUAAUUUAAAGGAAAGUGUCAUUCAUACAAAUGGUGAAAUGGAAAUUGGACAAUCGAAGGAACAUACAGAUGAUAGACGACACAUGAUAGGAAACGAAAAGUAUUUUCAUAUCGAAAAAGCAAAUGAGAAAAGUGAAGAUUCAUUCGCAGAUGAAAAUGAAAUUGUUCAGGAAAAUGUUAAAAAUUUUAUAAAAAAUCACAACAUACCUAACAAUUUUGAGCAAGCAACAAUAAGUAAUGUAAUUGUGAAUGAAGAAAAAUUCAUAAAUUCCAAAAAUAUGAUAUCAGAAAAUAAAGACACAACAACAAGAGAUGAAAACAUGGACGUAAAAAAGAAACUCAAUGAAAAUGUUAUAAAUAGUCAUGAGACCCAGCUGAAACAUAAAAAAUACAAUUCCAAGGUGGAGGACGAUCUAGGUGGAGAUAGUACAGAAAGGAAGUUCAUCGGUAGUAAACUCAACAAAAAGAAGCAAAACACGAUUUGA